GAUUAGUAGGGAAGAGGUUCAUCUUUAGGCGGCGACCUCCCGCAGGGUUCCGGGAGAGUAGCUGGCCUCAAGGAAAAAGCCAGGGGUUCCAGAUGCCUAGCAGGGCAGACCGGGGCAGAUGGCCGAAGGGACUGGAGAGCAAGGUGAAACUACAAGGCACCAAUCCAUUAACUAGUGAGCAGUGAUUGAAUCUCCCCGUCGUCUACGUUCUGGUGGGAACACCCCCCCUCGCCCCCGUUCCGCCUCUACCCCUGGCCACCGGCCUGGGGCAGACGGCGCGGGGCCGGGCGCGCGUGCGCUAUUGCGCGCGCGCGUGUGUGCGCGCACCACGCUCAGAGUGGGGCCGCCGGGACUCAGCAUCCCGUCGCCCGCCCGGUGUUCCCGCUCCUGGUAGCCGCCUGCUCGCAGCCUCCUCACCUGGCGCCCGUCGCGUUUGGCCGCCACUGCCUCCGCUCAAAGUUUCCGCGGCGCAGACGCCUCAGUGCCCUGGCUGCCCGGAAGACGCGGUGCUGAACCGCACCUCUCCGCCCGCUCCCCACCAAAUCUGAACAGAGUACAUUUUCCAAAUUAAGAGGAGAAAAGGCGGAGGGCAGUUUGGAGUGCAGGAGACUGGAGCGGCCGCCCCGAGACUCUCCGCGUCUUUCCUGCCGCCCGCCGGGCUCUCGCCUGACGUGCUCGUGGGGCUCCAGGAGGAGACCGAAUGCACUGCCAAGUUGCCUGAGCAGGGACCAGAGGCCCCCGGGGCCCAGGAGGUUGUCCCCGUCUUCGUCUCCGCCGGCGAGGAGGUGUGGAGGCGCCUCAACGCGAGGGCUUAUUAGCAGCCCGCCCCUCUCCGCCCCUCAGCCGGGAAGCGCCGGCACCGCCGCGGCGGCGAAGUCAGGGACAGCUCCGGACUUGUGUGCGUCGCAGCUUCGGCUUUGGAUUUUAAGGACAUGAAGGAGAAUUAACAGCGUCGCAAGCUGCCCACCUAGAUAAGGCCCUGUCAAAGGCAAGCAAACAGACAGAAGACCACUGGAAGAAAUGAAGGAAGCAGAGGUGCCUGGAAGCCAACUGAGUUAUGGAAAUUCACUGAAGAUGGUUUCAAGAUGUAGAAUCCUUAUAGAUGAAAUAUCCCAAAUGAAGUUUGAGCGUUGAAAUUGCUUCAUAUUAUGGAAUUGAACAGUUCCACUGGAAAGCUGUGUCAUGAGCUGCAAGUGCUCCUAAAGUAUCCAGUGGAUUUUUAAACAUCAGAGCCAAGUAAUAAUGUUAUGAGAAGAGGCUCAGAAAGGAACACAGCAAGUGGCCACCACCAGCAUGAGGAGCCCAAAAAUUCAAACAGGAAAAGUGAGAAAAGACAGAAUGCAGCUUCAAGGUAUGUUUCAUGCAGUUGUCUUGUGGGACUUUGAGAGAUGCUGCAGCCUGUGACAUGUGGGAAUUAUCAUGAUCAACUACUCAGUUUGGAUUUCACCCAGUGGCCAAGAGCUUUGCGUAGUAAACAGCAAGGGUUGGAUUUUUAAAAAGAGUGAACCAGGCCCGUGACCAAGGUGUAGACCAAGAAGUGGAGUCAUGCUUCACACGGCCGUGUCAUGCUGGCAGCCAUUCCUGGGUCUGGCUGUGCUGUUGAUCUUCAUGGGAUCCACCAUUGGCUGCCCUGCCCGCUGUGAGUGCUCUGCCCAGAACAAAUCUGUUAGCUGCCACAGAAGGCGUUUGAUUGCCAUCCCAGAGGGCAUUCCCAUCGAGACCAAGAUCUUGGACCUCAGCAAAAACAGGCUGAAAAGCGUCAACCCUGAAGAAUUUAUAUCAUACCCUCUACUGGAAGAGAUAGACUUAAGUGACAACAUCAUCGCCAAUGUGGAACCAGGAGCAUUUAACAAUCUCUUUAACCUGCGUUGCCUCCGCCUAAAGGGCAAUCGCUUGAAGUUGGUCCCUUUAGGAGUAUUCACGGGGCUGUCCAACCUUACCAAGCUUGACAUUAGUGAGAAUAAGAUUGUUAUUUUACUGGACUACAUGUUUCAGGAUCUGCAUAAUCUGAAGUCUCUAGAAGUGGGAGACAAUGAUUUGGUUUACAUAUCACACAGGGCCUUCAGUGGGCUACUUAGCUUGGAACAACUCACCCUGGAGAAAUGCAAUUUAACAGCGGUGCCAACAGAAGCCCUCUCCCACCUCCGCAGCCUCAUCAGCCUGCACCUGAAGCAUCUUAAUAUCAACAAUAUGCCCGUGUAUGCCUUUAAAAGAUUAUUCCACCUGAAACACUUAGAGAUUGAUUACUGGCCUUUACUGGAUAUAAUGCCUGCCAAUAGCCUCUAUGGUCUCAAUCUCACAUCCCUGUCAAUCACUAACACUAACCUAUCCACUGUACCCUUCCUUGCCUUUAAACACCUUGUAUACCUGACCCACCUUAACCUCUCCUACAAUCCCAUCAGCACUAUUGAAGCAGGCAUGUUCUCUGAUCUGAUCCGCCUUCAAGAGCUUCAUAUAGUGGGAGCCCAGCUCCGCACCAUUGAACCUCACUCAUUCCAAGGGCUCCGCUUUCUGCGUGUGCUCAAUGUGUCUCAGAACCUGCUGGAAACUUUGGAAGAGAAUGUCUUCUCCUACCCUCGAGCUUUGGAGGUCUUGAGCAUUAAUAAUAAUCCAUUGACCUGUGACUGUCGUCUCCUCUGGAUCCUGCAGAGACAGCCCACCCUGCAGUUUGGUGGCCAGCAACCCAUGUGUGCUGGCCCAGACACCAUCCGUGAGAGAUCAUUCAAGGAUUUUCAUAGCACUGCCCUUUCUUUUUACUUUACCUGCAAAAAACCCAAAAUCCGUGAAAAGAAGUUGCAGCACAUGCUUGUGGAUGAAGGGCAGACAGUCCAGCUUGAAUGCAGUGCUGAUGGAGACCCACAGCCUGUGAUUUCCUGGGUGACACCUAGAAGGCGUUUUAUCACCACCAAGUCCAACGGCAGAGCCACCGUGUUGGGUGAUGGCACCUUGGAAAUCCGCUUUGCCCAGGAUCAAGACAGUGGGAUGUAUGUUUGCAUCGCUAGCAAUGCUGCUGGGAAUGACACCUUCACAGCCUCCUUAACUGUGAAAGGAUUCACUUCAGAUCGCUUCCUAUACGCAAAUAGGACCCCUAUGUACAUGACGGACUCCAAUGACACUAUUUCCAAUGGCACCAAUGCUAAUACUUUUUCCCUGGACCUUAAAACAAUACUGGUAUCUACAGCCAUGGGCUGUUUCACAUUCCUGGGAGUGGUUUUAUUUUGUUUUCUCCUCCUUUUUGUGUGGAGCCGAGGGAAAGGCAAGCACAAAAACAGCAUUGACCUUGAAUAUGUGCCCCGAAAAAACAAUGGUGCUGUUGUGGAAGGGGAGGUGGCUGGACCCAGGAGGUUCAACAUGAAAAUGAUUUGAGGGUCUACCACUUUCACUACUGUCUCUGUGUUAUUGUUGGUAAUCAGUAAGACGAUCUGGCACAAUAAAUCACUAGGCUGAGAGGCAGCUUCAUGAAGCUGCCCCUGUGUCAAAGCAGGGUCCAUGGAAGCAGGAGGACUUCUUAUGGAGACUCUCCAUGUAGAGGCAGGCAGGCAGGCAUGUGUCAGAGCCCUUCACACAGUGGGAUACUAAUUGUUUGCAUUGCAAAUACUGGCAUUCUGGGGAUCUCAGUAAUGAACCUGAACCUUUGGCUCAUGCUCAUGGACAAUUAUUCAGCAUUUUCUACCACUGCAAAAACAAAAGAAAAAAUAAGAACAACCUACAGUGUAGGAUUUACAUAUUAAAGACACAUUUGUCUAAAACAUACUCUACAGAAAAUUUUGUAUCUAUGAUUAUCAUUUGUUAAAGCCUUGCAUCAUACCAUACUGUUGGAUCAGCACCAAAAAGAGAUCAAUAUAUUCUUUUCUUUUUUAACAUAUAUGCUGUAUAUGUUUUAAAGCAAUAUGAAUGAGAGGUUGUGCUUUUAGUUACUCACCACUAUAGAUCCAAGUGUGAUUUCACCUUCCUUUACCUACAGAUCAGCUUGAGACUAGAUCCCUGGAGUAAUGGGCAGAGAUGUGUUGAGAGAUAUGUAUGUCUGGUGUAGGAUGCCAAGAAACAGGACCCGAGGCAAAACUCCUCAACUCUGUUAACUUCUGUUACCAUAAAUAAAGGCAUGUGCCUAGUUUUGAUACAGAAUGGAAUAUUUUUUAUACUUGUAAUAUCACACUGGACCAAUUUACUGUAACACAGCCCUUGAUUUCUCCUGAAGGAGGUGUGCCGCUAGAUGUCCCUGUAAAGUGCAAGGUAGGUGUUUGUAAUGAAAAUAACCCAGUUUAACCACCCCUGAUUUUUUUCACCAGUCACUAUGAGUGAGUUAUAGAAAAUAGGAGGUGAUUAUAUAUAACCAUUGGGUAAAAUUCACCAGUAGCUAAGAUCAAUAAUUUUGUUGUUCAAAAGCUCUCUGAAUUAAGAGAAUUUCUUUUAAAAUGCCAACAUAAACCAAGAUGAUCCAUGUUUAACAUGAUGGAAAUGCAACUAAGGAUGUGUUUAAAGUGUGAUAGUUAUCUGAAGAUUAGAUUACUGCCAGUUAAAGGAAAAUCCAGCUACUGCCACUCUGACGUUCUCUAUUACAAUAAUGUAUGCUUGGUGCUACCUUCAAUAGACAGCAUCAAGGUUUCUUCCUGCCUCCUUAUCAAGUGGAUAUCUGGUUUUAUUUUUUAAAUUAUCUUAUGUAAAUUAGAGGAAUCUGUUUUUCUUUUAAAGAGGUAAGAAACUAUUAGGCAAAGUAAAAACUACUGAUUUUUACCUCACUGAGGAAAAAUUAAGACUAUAGCUCCAUAAAUAUGGGAAAUUGUGGUGAUUCUUUUACUCCCCUACCCAAGGAAUUUAUGAAAUUUAGUUGAUAUUAAUGACUGGUAGUCAAAAUUAAACAUUCAGGUUUUCUUUUAAUUCAUCAUGACAUGACUACCAGUGAUGUGGUAUAAAGAUUCAGUUUGGCCAAAUGUGGAUGAAAUGGCUUUCAAAGUAUAUAUUCAUAUAAUCUUACACAGCAUUGACUAUGAACUGUAUUUGUGAAAUAUCAUAGAUUUAAUUAGCAUAAAUAAGACGUUUCUCUAUUUUUCAUAGUUUGAGAGAGACUUGAAAAGUGUCCCCAUUUUUGUAUUGGAUGUAAGCUAAAGAAGGUUUCUGGGAUUUCCUUCUUGAUGUGCCUGCCAGAUUGGGGGUCUGACUUUCAAAAAGCUGCCUUUUUUAAUAUUUGAAAUUUCAAGAAAGUUUAGUAAAAUAAAACUGACCCCAAUAAAAAAGUGACAAGUAUAAAAAUCAUUUUGGCAAUUUGAUAGCAACACAGUUAAACUUAUUUCUUCCUUGAAAAAGACUGAAGAAUUUCCUGUUUGAGUAAUACUUCAUUUGACUUUCCUGGUAACUAUCAUAGAUCUUCUAGAAAUUAUGUUACUAUGUGUAACCUUUUAUAUCUAAUAAUACAAAUCAAGCAAUGUUAUACAUUCUAUCAAAGUCCCAAUGCAAGUGCAAAUCAAAUAGGUCUUUCCAAAUUAAAAAAGAAGAAAAAAGGUGGAAGGAAUCAUCUAACACAAAAACUAAUUCAUUUUAAUUUUGCAACACCAUAUACAUCAAGUAUUUAACUGUCAGAGACAGCAUAUGUGAACAAUCAAUGGAACUGAGCAAUUAAUGAAAAAUCUUUGCAACUGGAAUUUUCUGUCAAAUUGAGUUGACUAACAACACCUGAGUGAAAUGAAAUUGCAUUAAAGUUAACUUAUCCAUAAAAAGAUUUGGUUAAAAGAUUUAGAUGUUAUUCCACUUGAAGAAGAGAGACUGCACUCUAUAGGUUUCCAUACACUGAUCUAUAAAAUAGUUUAGCUGUUGCUAAGCAUUUUCCCAGAGUCACACUAACCAAUAGGUUGGGCAAAUGUAACAUUCUAUAACCAUCCCUCAAAGGUUCAAAGUCUAUAUAUACCUGGUAAAUUCUCCGAAAAAUAUUGUAACAAGAAUCCUGUUUAGGGCCAGGGAUUUAGCUCAGUGGUUUUGCUGCCUGCUGUGCAAGCGCAAGGACCCGAGUUCAAUCCCUGGUACUACCAAAAAAAAAAAAAUCCUGUUUAAUAAUUUUACCCUGGAGUUUCUCUAAUUGAUUUGAGCAUGAAACAGGUCAGUUCAUGAUUAACUGUUAAUAUCUUCAGAAACUAGAGUUCCAUAAAAUCCAACCUGGCCAACAUUAAAAUAGAAUGGUACUCCUCUGAAAUAUUUCUAAAUGCAAUAUAACUUAUAGAAAUAAUAUUUGGACUAGGCUUUAAUGUAUAUAUAUUGGGGAUAUGUAGGAUAUAUCACCCUCAUAAGUGUUCAGACCAUGAAAGUAAAUUGACUAAUUCCAGAAGAAUUGGCUACUUCCUGCCUAAAGGAUUGCAGUAAUGAAUUUACAGGUAACCAGAUAAACAUUUAAUUUUCUACAUCCUCACUAUUGGUGUAAUUCUUAGGUUCCUUUUUAUAUUAUGUUCUCAGUUCUCACAAGAGUCCAGAACUUAUAAUCUUCUGUGACUCUUGAUAAAUGGAUUAUUUAAAUCUCACCUCCAUUGAAACUUGACUUUUGUCACUUUCUAUUACUUGAGUAGGGAUAAAUAUAUUUUUAUAUUAGAAGUACAAAUGAGAGAAUGAAAUGUUAGAGAAGUGGAAUUGAAUAGAGGCCCACCUAAAUCACCUUAUGCUUUCAGGGUCUCCCUUCAUCUCUGUAUCAGGACAUUUGUUUUACCUUCAGGAGCUGUGCUGAGAAACUGUCCAACAACACAGAAUGGGUCUUCAGGCUUCCUAGGAAAGAAAAUGAAUAGAUCAUUUUCACCUUCGAAGGCUAAGACUUGGCAAAAAGAUGUAUCAGGAAUUUAAAGAGAUUGGAGGGAGACACUGGGUUCCAUUUUAAUUUUAUGUCUGUGUCCUUUAUUUCUAAUUUUUACAGUUAUCUUCUAACUGAAGAAGAAUCGGAUUAUGCUCUUUUUAAACUUUCAUUUGGGUCUGUUUUUAUCCCUUUUUCUAUGUUCUGGACACCUAUAGCUCACAUGAGAAUGCCACUGAAUUUUGAAGCAUGUGAACCAAUAACAAACCUUUUGGGUCAAAGCCAUUCAUUCUACCUGGUACUUAGGUAAAGACUUAUCUUUAACACUGAAAUUGCCAUUCCCCUUUAGACUAAUACAUUAUAUGCCUGGUUAUUUCCACUGACUAAUACCAUUGGCUUGAGUAGCACCAUUCAAUUCCUUUUGGCUAAAACCUUUAAUAUUUUCUGAUGGAAGAGUUCUGGAGUUCUUCUGGCUUUGUGUGUAGAAAUUUUGAGGAAUUACAUAUUAUUUGACUACUGACUUUAGACUUUGGUAGGCAACAGAAGGUGUUUCUCUUGGUACUUUGGCAAACAAUUGACAUAAAUCUCUUGGUAACACUCUAUUUUAUCCUUCAAAAGUCAUGCCUAAGAGCCUGCUCAUUUAUACUCCAGCAAAAGUAUGAUUACUGAUAAAGGAAAGCCUCACAAUAUAGACCUGCAAGAUGAAAUGAGAGCUGAUUUUCUGGGAUCUUCCGUUAAAUUUACCUAAUAAACAUGGGGCCCAUUGGCCAUUAAGGCUAGGCUUGCAAGGUUUACCCAAGAAAAUCAUGUUGUAAAUCAAUAAUUAAUGACAGGAUUUGAAAUCUGAAGUUGAUCAUUCCUUUCUGGGAGCAGCAAAUGUACCUGCACAUUUUGUCAAAAAAAACUUUGGGACUGGAAACUCCUCACCUUGUGUGAGGUUUUCGACAGAUGGCCUGUGAUAAAAUGUUGGCAGGAACAACAACAAAAGAUAUUAAGAAGAUGUAUGUAAGAGGGUUAAUUUUUACAAAACAGAACUGGGUUGAUGUUCCUCUUUCCAAAUACUGGCACCUGAUGGGGACAAGCUUACAUGUGCCCCAGACUUCUCCCUGCAGUUUGCCAAGGUCUUUAAAUACCUCUUCUCCAUCACCUACCCACAACUCUUUGGAAAAUCCCCUAAAUAGGAAAGAAGAAAACAGCAGGGGCUACAGUAGCUCCACUUAUCCUCAGGGGAUAUGUUCCAAGACCCUAAGUGGAUCCCUGAAAGCGCAGAUAGUAUUAAACCAUAUAUAUAGCUAUCUUCUUCCCUAUACAUGUAAACCUAUUGGCAGUUUAAUUUAUGAAUUUAGCAUAGUAGGAGCCUAAGAGCACUAAUAAUAAAAAAGACCAUUUAUAAAAAUAUACUGUAAUAAGUUAUAUGAAUCUGCACUCUCAUGCACGCUCCCAUCCACAAAAAAUAUUCAUUUAAUAUCUUCAGAUCAAGGUUGAUCUCAAAUAACUGAAACCAUGAAAACAAAACCAUGGAUAGAGGGAAGCAUGUGCUAACUCCUCUGAGACAGCUCAUAGAUGAAAGCUUUGUCAUUCCCACCAUUCCUGUCUUCUUUCCUGAUGCCACAAUUGAAACGGCCCUUGAUUCUCCUGCCUAUUUACCACUGUCAUCUCUGAGCUCCUGUCUUGCCUUAUGAAUGAAUGCAUUCUCCAGGGAUAAGUCUGCUUUCAUUGGUACUCAGAAAUUCUUGGGUAACUGUUAAACUGGAAAUUGCUUUUUGUAAAAAAAAAAAAAAAACCCUCCAACCUAUCUCAUAUAACACUUUAAAAGUUAAGACUUACCUUUCACAUAAUCACAAGCAAUCUGCAGGGUGAAUGAUUCUGAUUUUUUACUCUUCCAGAAGCAGAUGGGUUGAUAUAAUGCCAGCCUUAAAUAGGAAGAUUUAUUUAUAGCCUUAGCAGAAUGAAACAAAGAGCUGGCAUAAUCAAGAGAGUACUUCACAUUUAAAGGAAGGAUCUACCCUUAGUAUGCUAAAUUGCCAUUAGGAGAUAACAAAAAUGCAAAUUUAUGUUCUCUAGAUUGGUUAACUAUAUUAAUCCCAAUAAAGUGCAAAUGGUUAACUCUCCUGGCCACACAAAAUGGGUCAGAUUGUACACUUGAUCUAACAGGACCAAAUAUAUUUUUAAAAUUUAAAAAGCAGAAAUUUUGUUGCUAUGUUAUUUUUCAUUUUGUUGCACACUUCCCAUUCUGAAUUGAUUUAAUCUACACUUCAAUAUAAUCAAUAAAAUCUACAAAUUAUAAUCAACAAAAAUUAAUCAGAAGACUAACUCAGGUUUGUAAAAACUUCUCCCAUUCCUUAUAACAACAGUGUAUGUCCAGCUGCAUACUGACUCAGACACACAUCUUUGUGACAGUGCCAGAUUGAAAUUGAGUCAUGAGAAAACUAGAUGCCAUCUGGAAGAAAGGAUGCUCUCUUCCUUCGGUGAUAAAAUUAGAUGCAUCAUACACAUCUGGGUCACUUGAUGAGCAAGACAGUUGUCUUCACAUGUUUUAUCCAUUAGAUGUAGAAUGCCCCAAAUCUUAAUUUUAAAAACUAUUGUUUAUAUAUAUAUAUAAAUAUGUGGGGGAGGGUAGUUUGAUUUUUUAAGUGUUUAAAAUGUAACUAUUUUAAAAGUUGAUAACUUUGAACAGGAGGGGAAAAGAAAAUGUGUCUCUGUAUUUUUCUUUACUGUCUUUAUCAAAAUCUCACUCUGGGAGUAUUCCACAAUUGGAAGUUACUAACCAACAUCUUAACAAAACUUUUCUUAAAAAUGCCAGAUAGCUUGCUUUUGUUCUUAAAAAAUUAAUGCUAAAGAUAAAACUAUCUUGAUUUAGGUUUACAUCUUAUUGACUGUUAUUAUUGGGUAAUUGUGUGGGCAUGUUUUUUUAACAUGUAAAAUUAAGUGAACUUAUUUACAUGUAAAAUAAGUUAGAACACAUUUGCUUUGCUGAUAAAAAGGGCUUAAGCAUCUGACAUCUCAGCUGAAUCCAUUGGGCUAUUAUUAAGAAAUGAAAUGUAAUAAAAGGUAAUUGGAGUCAUAUGGAAAAUAUUUUCUUACUGAGAAAAGUAGGUUACAUGAGCCUCACGAGGAACAGAAGGUUGUUAAGUUGUGUUAGCACUAUAUUGAUGAAAUAUUCUACAAAGCUGUCUGAAGGGGCCAUCCAGCGGACUCCUGUCCCAAUGGUGCAGUGAGUGGAGACCAUGCAGAAAGCAAGCAGGAGACAGGCUACCAGGUUCUUCAUUUAAAGUCACAAAGGGGUCAGGUUUGACCUGCUGGAUAUUAAAAUCUAUGCACUGUCAAUGCUACUAUAAAGAUAUUCUACUUUAGUGAAAAUAAAUCUUCUCUCACUUACAAAAUGAUCUCAAUUUCAUUUGACUUGGAAGGGUUCAGCAAGCCAUACCUACAACAUCAUUUAGUUUGUGUUAGUUUUCACUCAGCCAGAUUUUCAUGAUCCAAAACCUCAUAUAAAGUAGAAAGGAAUGAACAUUAAUAUUAAAAAGAAAAAAAUUGUCUUCAAGAACAUUGUAAUGAGAAAAAGUUCUCUAGUGUUAAAGAAGAAAUGAAUUGAAAAUUUUAAAAUUAUUCCUGUACAGUUUUCCUGCUGAGAGGGAAGAUGCUCCUCUUCCUUUUGGGCAUUUAAGGGAAUGGGCUUUGGGGAGAUGUGCUCAGGUAGCUGUCACCAGCUAUCGCAUUGUCUUUUCCCCCUGCUAUUCAUCCAAUGCCUUCCAGUGAAGGGGAUGUAGGUGUAGGUGGAAGCACAAAGCUGACAGUAAUGGUGACUGGAAGAUGUAUUUGUUAGAUGACAAGAAAACCUGAGAUUCACCUCUAGGCAGCAGCAAACACACAAAUUCUGAGGCUGCUAUCAAGAGAUUCAGAAAAGACUGCUGCGCUGUUAUUUAAUUGCAGAAUGGAUAGUUUGCCACCAGACGAAGAUUUCCUUUUCCUUGAAAAUGUUUUGGUAAUACCAGAGCUGCUUGAGCAGGAGUCAGGUCUCUGACAGUGAGCACUAAACUAGUAUGACUAAAACAAAAGCUAUUUCCCUUAGACAUAGUUCUGAAUGUAUUGCAUACACAUCUUUGCCAACUAAUAUCACAGGUUUGCUUAUCCAGGAAACUUGUUGAUCAGAGUUAAGAUGGUUCCAACACUAUGACUUAUUCAUAAGUAAUGGGAAAGAGAUAAUUCAGUGAUAUCAAAUUAUUAAAAAACUCAGCAACCUGACUCCAUAUUUGUAAAGAAUUUCUGGCCAUGUGUUACUUCAUAAAUUUAUAAGUUCAUCAUACUUUUCUGUUUCCAUUUUUGUGUCUUGUUUUUCUCAUUUUCCUUCCAUGAGCAUACCUAGCUGUCUGUUAUUUGUCAUUUGACAUAGUCAAAGAGAGUAGGUAGGAACCCAUAAUUUAUAUUUAGGGCAGAUAAGUCUAUUACAUAACCCUAUAUUCUUAAUUAGCUUAUCAUCAGACUCAAAACACAAGGCAUAAAGAUUCAUGUCCAAAAAAGCCAAAUUAAGGAGAAGACAGAUAAACCUCAGCAGAAAUUCACCUGGUUUUCUACUACUGAUUGGUCGAAAAUCUGAGACAUUGGGUUCUAGGGCUUGUCACUCUAGUGCCUUUCAUCAACUAUUAUAAAUAACUAAUGCAAAAAUUGUGACCCUCUACAAAAAAUCUUGGACUGGGACGGAAAACCCUUGUUAUAGAUAUGCAGGCAUUGUUUCAUUCCAUAAUACCCUGAACUUGAUAAAUCAGAACAUGUCAAUAAAUCUCUCUAAAUAGUACAUGUAUUUUAAUGCCAGAUACACACACACAAAUAUACUUUUAUACUAUGAGUAAUAUCGAUAAAACAGAUGAGGAAGAAAUGGCAGAGGAAGAUAUAUGGCCUAUCUGAAGAUUCUCGCUAUUCUGCUUGAACACCAAUAAUGAAAACAAACAAUACAACCCAGUCAUUCAGAAGUCAGUGUCUGAUAUUUGAAAACCCUAGGAGAGUCUACUAGUCUAACAUGCUACUAGAUAGAUUGCUUCUUUGAUUGAAAGACUUAAAUCUUGUAUGUGAUUGCAAAAGUUGUAUCUAUACUGUAUUUUAUUAUUUUUAUUUUUAUAUUAGAAAAUGAAUCUAUUUACCAGAUCUCCCUCUAAGGCAAAUAUUUUUAAAGCACAGCCUCACUAGUCAUGUUAUUCCUUAGCACAAGAGAUUGCACAUUCUGGUACUGCAGCACAAAAGCUAUUCACUACAUCUAACCUAUUCAUUUAGCCAAGGGCUAUUAGCUACAUGUACAAAAGACUAAUAGGUUACAUCCAUUAUAAACAUUCAGAGCGCUCAUGAAAGUUAAGCAAAUAUUUCUUUAAACACACACUCAUACAAACACACUAUAUGGCAUCCAGAAUUCUUAUGGCUCACAAUAUAUCUUCUCAAACAUCCUUUAGGGAAUUACUUCACUGGGCCCAGAACAACUGUGUAAUGCAAAGAGACAACCAAGUCAGCUUCACCAUCCUGAUCUAUAUAAACUCUUCUAUAUCAGCAUUCCAGUUGCCUGUACUUGACUAGUCUCAAGAGCCCUUCAUGGCAAUGCUUGAAGAAAGUUACUGAUAUUACAUAGGUUUGGCUUCAAUAUAAAAACACUGGUUUGGGCCCUGAGUCUUCUGGAAUGAAAAAAAGAAAAGAAAAGAAAAGAAAAAUAGGUUCAAAGAAAUGGAAAGUAACUGAAAAAUGUCUGCUGGUUGGUAAAUGCAAAGAAGUAGUUCAUUGUUUAGGUAGCUCAAUAUUUUUUCAAAAUAGCAUUUUAUAAGAACUGUAGAGCCCAAGUUUUUCACGUGAAUGGUAAAGAGCAAAUAAGCAUAUACAAGAGAAUUUUUAAUUGUAUAGGAAAAUGGAUGGUGUUUGUAUGUUGCACUGCCUCUCAUAGUAAUCUUGGUUUGGGUUCCAAACCAAUAAGUAACAAAUUCUAUAUUGAAAAUCAUUUUAAAUGUCUUUGUAUUUAUAUGUUUUUAAAUGCUGUCAAUAUUAGCUCAAAUACCCACAGAAAAUUCAGGAAACUACUUCCUUAUCAUUUUUUAUUAAAAAAUUGUCCAUCAGAUUUCUCUAGAUUUUGUUUUAAAAGUUGUAGAAAAUUUAAUUUUCCACAUAUGCAAGCAUAAUCUCUUUCAUCCAUUCAUUAAUUCCUUUAUUUAAUCAUGUAAUAUCUACUAAAUAUCCAUGAUCAUAGUGACUUAACAGCACAUCAGUAAAGCCAUCAAAAUGUCUUCAAACUUUAAUCCAUAUUAACUUUUUGACUUCCAUAUUGCUCAUGACCAAUUUCUCAUUCUAUCAUACAAAUCAUGUGGUUUAGAAAUGGCCCUUAAUGUCCAACUGACCAGGCGUGAGUCUGGCAUUAAGGACCUACUCGCUUUAAUGAUCCACUCUCAGGGAGUCAGAAUAGUUAAGUAUUAAAAAGACAGGGAUCUAGAGUAAGAGUCCCCAAGGCUCUGUCACUGGAUUCGUGUUUCUCUAUGGGCAAGCUACUGAACAUUUCUGCGUCCCCAUCUUGCAAAAUGACCAUAACACUACCUACCUCACAAGGGUGCUGUGAGGCAUACUGUGAAAAGAAUGAGGAAACGACACAUAGAAUUGAGAACACAUAUUAAAGGUGCUAUAGAAUUUAGAGUGACUACAAGGAAUCAGUGGGUAUGAAUCCCUCCACCCUGGGAGCCACAGGUCUGCCAGGAUAUGUUUCCUCCCUUUAUGGCUAGAGACUAAAAUGAUACUGGCAUCAGUUGGCUGGUUUAUCUUUAAAAUCACUGACUUCUACAAAAUAACAUUCUCAUCUCUUCUUGAGAGAUGCUAGUUUGGAAAAACUAUUAACUUUAACAACGUAGAAAAAUAAUUCACUUCCAGGCACUAGGAGUAGGGGAAACAUUCAUUUCAAUAUGAAACAAGAGUUUGAAUGGAUAUCUUCAAGGGGAUGCAUUUUAAAUUGGAGAAGGUUUUUUUACCUAGGGCUUUCUGUUGUUUUCAGUCUGACUCCCCAGUUUUCUAUACCACUGUUUUAACAUACAUCCCUUUUCCCUUUUAUUGGAAGGGAAACUAUAAUCUUCAUUUCAUGAUGGUUCUUUUCAUUCAGUCUGUUUUGCUCAAAGGAAAACUUCUUUUGAAGAACUAUUGUAAUUAUUUUCUUAGAGGGCCAUUUGAACUGCCAUAUUGUUUAACUAAGCCCUAUUGUCUUGGUGUCUUUUGAAACUGUCAGUUGCUUUAAAUUAUAGGGGUGGGAGGGAGGAGCUGAUAACCACAUUGUUGUAACUGAUUUGUAUGUUUGAAUUGUCUUAUCAGAAAAUAAGGUUAUGAAUUCCAUCUGUUGA